GCAGUGAGUAAGUGACAGAGAGCAUGUGUGUGUGAGUGAGAGAGUGUGAGUAUAAUUGAGUGUGUAUGUGUGUGUGCAAAUGUGUGUGUGUGUGAGAGAGAGAGAGAGAGGUCUAUAUCUGAAUGCCUUCUGGUGCAGACAUACACGGAUCUUUUUUUGCAACCCAUUUUGAGAUUUAAGACAGAAUCAGAGCAUAGGAAAUGAGACCAUCGUUUGGAUGCCAGAUAUAAAGUGCCUACUUGUGAGUAACAAAUGGGGGGAUGACAAAAAAAAAAAAAACAGACAGUAACUGGCAUUCUAUUAUUAUGUAGAAAUGUAUGUUGUCUUUUCUAAUGGUUGCAAGAAAAAGGAAACUUAACUUGAUGUAGAAAUUUAUAGUAGAUAUAGCUUUAGAUUUAAAGUUAUAGUACUGUUUUUCGAGCAAAAUACUUCGAGAACUUUCGAGGACUUGAGAACUUUUAUCAUUUUUAUCUUUGCUUGUUAGCUUUCCUCGCCGUCAAGAAAGACAUUUGCACAGACUUGUCAGGUUAUGACGUGCGGAAUUACAUUAUGCAACAAUGACAAAAGCUCUAUGAACUUUAGAACUAAAAAAAGUAUUGGCAAGACAACGAUUCACUUAUUGGGCAUUGUGUAAUGUAUCACAUCAGUGAUCGUCAUCAGUGGUUUGGAACAGAAACAUAAAAGGUAAAUUAUAAAAGGAAGUGACUUAUGCUAAAAGGCAGUACAAGGGACUUGUAAGGGCUACCUGAUGGUUGGAUAAGCUUUAGAUGGCUUUGCCUCUUUACUUUUAUGGUACGUAGGUGUUUAUUGACAGGGAGUAGUCUUGAAGCUGUGUAACGGAAGUAUUUGAUACCUAGAAGCAUAGCGGUCAUUGGAGACUGAAACAGUCUAGACCCUGACCAGAUGGGGGGUGGCUUUUGCUCAGUGUGCCUCUUUAAUUGUAAAUGUACUUGGACAACAACUUCAUAGAGAAAGACACCACAUCACAUUCCUUUUGGUGAUGGCUGGAAGUUUUAUGGGAUUUGUCCGAAGUUUCGACCCCGAUUCAUCUAGCUCUGAAUCUCAGCCACUAACAAGCGCAGACCUUAAACUCCUUAACAAGGUUCUAAAAAGACUACAAAAAUUGCACAGGCUGUGCACUGAUCAACGGCUAGGUCUAAAGAAUAGCCCUCCAUAUCUCCCCGAGCUGGUGAGGGAAACGGUAAACCUCCUCAGUGACAUCUGGGCUCCUUAUAGAGGCUCACUAUCAGCCGUGCCACGAGGGGAUGAGGGAGAGUACCUGAGGAUCCAUGUGCAACACUUGCUGGAUAAGACAGACAGGGCCAUCCUGCUGUUCAAAGAGGGCAAAGAGAAGAUAUUUGAAGAAAAGUCAAACUACAGGAGAAACUUGACAAAGCUGUCUUUGCUGUUUAGUCAUAUGCUUUGGGAACUACGGGCUGUAUUUCCAGGAGGCCAAUUUCAGGGAGAUAACUACAACCUAACCAAGACAGAGGCAAGAGAGUUCUGGAGGAAGAUAUUUGGACAGAAGUGCAUAGUUAAGUGGAAUAUAUUUAAACAGCAUUUGAAAAAUGUUCACAACUUUGAGGAGGGAAUGGAGGCCAUGGCUCUAAAGUCAACAGUUGACCUGACUUGUAAUGAUCACGUUUCUAUCUUCGAGUUUGACAUCUUCACCAGACUAUUUCAGCCAUGGUCUACACUGCUGAGGAAUUGGAAUCAUUUAGCAGUGACACACCCAGGGUACAUGGCCUUUCUCACUUACGACCAAGUACAAGCCAGACUGGAACACCAUAAGCAUCGUCCCGGCAGCUACAUCUUUCGUCUCAGCUGCACCAGGAUGGGCCAGUGGGCAAUCGGUUAUGUGACCUCUGAUUGCAGCAUUCUACAAACCAUUCCAGAAAAUAUGCCAUUAUAUCAAGUUCUAAUACAAGGCUUCAGACAGGGAUGCUACCUGUAUCCAGAUGGACGUGAUGUGAAUCCUGAUCUCUCAACUUUGUGUACUUCAUCUCAGAAGGGUCACAUCAAAGUCACAGCGGAGCAAUAUGAGUUAUAUUGUGAAAUGGGCAGCACAUUUCAGCUGUGUAAAAUAUGUACAGAGAGAGAAAAGGACACUCGCAUUCAGCCCUGUGGACAUCUGCUUUGCCGGCCCUGUCUCAACGGCUGGCAGAAGUCAAAUGCGCACACCUGCCCUUACUGCCGUUGUGAAAUUGAAGGGACAGAGUGCAUUCUCAUCGAGCCUUAUCGGCCCACAAGAGACAGAAUGCUUGGAAGAAAAGAAGAAGAUGAGGACGAUGAGGACGAUGACGACGACGAUGACGACGACGAUGACGAUGAUGACGAUGAAGAUCAUGAAGAUGUAGAACUAGUUAUGAAAAAACUGGCUGCCAUGAAAAGGGCAUCACAAGAGGAGUAUCAGGUUCCUAGUUCCAGUUUAGUACCUCCUCCACUUCCACCAAAACACAAUAACACAAUGUCCUCCCCAUGCCCGUCUCCCAAACCAUACGUCUAUCCUCGUGUCAGAGACAGGCUAUUUAAAGGUCACACCAACUCAGUGCCACCGUCAGAAAACCAUCUAAAUCAAUUUGAGGAAACCUCAGACAGGCAGCUACAAUAUGAGACAGAGCAGAGCUGUACAUCACUCUCCCAGACGGGCAGAAGAGGUGUAGCCCCAUGGUCUUUGCCUUCACAUUCAAGUAAAAAGAAGAAAGAUAAAAGAAGGAAGGAGGUAGAAGACAGGAACGAUUUGGAAACAGAGUUGCCAGAAGAAAGACAAAGUCAAAAAAGCUCUCAGAGACAGAGACAGCUCUCAUCUUUAACCUUCCUUAAGGAUUUUACCAUGGAAACAAAUAUAACAAAAGACUGAAUUUUCUCUAUGUACACUAUAAAAAAUAUUACAUUUAUGUUCAGUAAUGUGUAACUAUUUUAGGCAUAUGCGAAUAACAGCUGUGGAGCAAUAA